CCGCCGAUUAAAGAAGUUUUUGUGCCAAACCUCAACGUCCCCAAUAUUAACACGGAACAUCACAUACUGUUCUGGACGAAAUGCUUUGGAACGGAAGUCACACCGUCCCAUACAAUUCUACAGCAAGCACGCAACCGCAUCGAGCAGUGCCCAUAUUCCAACUGUGUCGUGUCGGCCAACCACAGUCGCUUGGCGCAGAGCGAUGGGGUCAUUUUUCACCAGUGUGAUCAUUCGUGGGACGACCUGCCAGCGGAACGUCGUCCGUCACAGUAUUAUAUCUUUUUUCUCUUGGAAUCGCCGGUGCGCACGUGGGGCAACCUGGAUGCGAUUCGGGAUUUUUACAAUCUGACCUUUACAUACCGCCUGGAUUCGGAUAUCUUAUCGGACGGAUACUUUCGCGAUUUCCAGCCGACGGUGUGGAACAGCAGCAGUGAACUGGAUCAACUCCUACGAAACAAAACGGGGUUCGCCGUGACAUUCGUGUCCAAUUGUUUCUCGGUUCCCAGCCGCCGCGACGUGUAUACGGCUAACCUAGCACAGUGCGUCAGCGUAGACGUCUACGGUGAUUGCGGCACAAAACAAUGCAAUAUCAGUACGCCGGAAAUCUGCGACAGAUUGGUGAUGAAGUACAAGUUCUACCUCGCCUUGGAAAACAGUGUUUGCAAAGAUUACGUCACCGAGAAGAUCCACCGGGCCUUAAGCAACGGCGCGGUGCCGGUGGUGUACGGCGGGGCCAACUAUUUCGCCCACUUUCCGCCACACUCCUUCAUCAACGUUCUGGAUUUUGCCAGCCCGAAGAUCCUGGCGGAUUAUCUUGUCUUCCUGAGCGAAAACGCCUCCGCGUACCGCAAGUAUUUUGAGUGGCGGAUGAGUCCGGUAACUGCCCGGCUGGCAGUGGAUAUUGAUGAGAUGUCUAGGUGCCAACUCUGCACGAUUCCUAACACGCGUCAGCCACCGCACAAAAUCAUUACGGACAUGGGGAAGUGGUGGCAUGGGAAAGAGUGGUGCGAAGCCCCACAAACGCAGCACAGAGAAUGGUUACAGAAUCCAGUCCUUCCAAACGAGUAAAUCUGCACGCUGGCAUUGUAUUAUAGUACGAAUUUUUUGUUUUAUUUGGUCUUUCAUGCGUAUUUUCGU